GGUUAUUUUAUCUUAUUUUAAUCAUAAAUUUUGUUUUGAUCUAAUCGAUCUUUACGUAUUUUUUUUUCUUUCUUUUCAGCUAAAAUAGAAGUUAGAACUUUUACGUUGUAUUUAGACAUAUUAUAGACUUGGCUCCCGAAUUUUUCAUAUUGAAUUAAAAAUUCAAGUCGACCAUUCAGUCGAAUCACUCUUUUAAUCUAUUGAAUUUUUAAUUCAUCCUAUUUAUUGAUGGUCAUUUUUGACGAUAAAAUACCGAUAAGCAUGAUACUAACCUAAAUAUCCCACAUAUUAACAUAUGAAAACUAUUAUUAUAAUAUAUGUGAUAUAAAUUCAUGAUAAGAAAAUCCUUUAAUAUAAUAAAUUAUAAAUGUCAUCUUUUUUUGUUAAGUCGUUAAAAAAAAAAAUUCAUUACAGAAUUUUAAUUUUCUUUUUUUCAUUAUGGUUAAAAAAUUUUGUGAAGAAAUAGUUGCUCAUUAUAAAAAACUUUAUGAAACUGGAAUAGAUUAUGAUGUAAAAAUUUAUACCGGUGAAAACCCAAAUGUGAAAGAAUUUCAUGCUCAUUCUUUAAUAUUAAAAACUCAGUCUGAAUUCUUUAAAAUUUCUUUUGAAAAAGGCAUUCAAAAGAAGGAUGGUUAUUUUAUUAUAAAAUUAAAUAAUUCUCCAAAAACUUUUGAAGUUCUUUUAAGAUAUAUGUAUUUUGGAUGUGUUGAUUUAUUAAAAUUAAAACCUAAUGAAAUAUUAGCCCUCUUAAUACCAUCAGAUGAAUUUGGUCUUAACCCUUUGAGUGAUUACAUUCAAGAAAUUUUAAUUAAAAAACAUCGUAAAUUUAUUCUUAAUAAUAUUAUUGAAGUUAUUGAAUCAAUUUAUCAAAAAAAUUCUUUUAAUCAAUUAUGGGAUUUAUGUCUUCGACAUAUUUGUGAUCAUCCAGAUUAUUUAUUUGGAAGUUCUAAAUUUCUUACCUUUAAUCCUACUAUUUUAGAAUCAUUUCUAAAACGAGAUGAUCUUAAUGUUAGUAAUGAAAUCAUUCUUUGGGAUAAUUUAUUAAAAUGGGCAUGUGGUCAAAAUCCUAUUAUUCAACAAGAUAUUAAAACUUGGGGAAAAAAUGAUUUUAUUGUAAUGGAAAGAAGAUUAUAUAGAUUUAUUCCUUUAAUUAGAUUUCAUUAUAUAUCUCCUGAAGAUUUUCGUUCAAAAGUAUAUCCUUAUAAAGAUUUAUUACCAAAUGAUUUAAUUAAUAAUAUUUUUGAUUAUCAAAAAUUAGAUAAAAAACCAUUUAUUAAACAACUUCCUAGAUGUACUUCAACUAUAAUUAAAUCUCAACAUUUUGCUAUUUUUUCUAGUUGGAUUGAUAAAAAAGAAUCUUUUUAUUAUAAUUUAACAAAUAUUCCUUAUGAUUUUAAAUUACUUUAUCGUUCUAGUAGAAAUGGUGAAUUAAUUUCAGCAUUUCAUGAAGCAUGUGAUAAUAAAGGUCCUACUAUAGUUAUUGCAAAGAUUAAACAUUCUGAAGAAAUAGUUGGAGGUUAUAAUCCAUUAGAAUGGAAUACUAGUGGUUUAUGGAAAUCAACAAGAGAUAGUUUUUUAUUUUCUUUUAAGAAUAGAAUGAAUCUUAAUUCUUCAAAAGUAGGUUAUAGUAAAGGUGAUCAAUAUUCUAUACAUUGUGGUUUAGGUUAUGGUCCAUUUUUUGGUAUUGGUAUUGAUUUAGGUUGUAAUUCUGAUGGUACUUGGAUAAGUAGUAUAUCAGCUUCUUCUUCUUAUUCAAAGAUUAAUUUACCAUCAAUUUUUAUGGUAGAUGAUUAUGAAGUAUUUCAAGUUAUUAUUAAAAAAUAA